GUAAAUUAUUUGUUAAGCGAGAAUACGAACAAUUACAGAACAAUUUCAACAGAUUUUUCACUAAAUCAAAUUAAUUAAAAUUUGAAGGCCCAUUAGAAUAAAAUGAACAACAUUAACAGUCCAGGCUGUUCCGCUGAUUUAAAAAGAUGUCAUACAGUCCACCUGAACGAUGAAAUUGACAAUUUCACAAAUGAAGCUGUCGACCUAUCAAAAACUCACGAUUGUUUUAUUGACAUUUCACCGGGCACCUCCAAAUAUUGCAACUGCCAUUCGAAUAGUAAAAUUAAAGAUGAUUGCAUUUUGGACGAUGAUGAAAUGAAAGAUAUUGCAUCCUUGCACUCUAUUGAGUCAAUUGUGUGUCGCAUUUGUCACAACAGCGAAGAUCCAGACAAACUGGUUUCCCCGUGUUUGUGUAAAGGUUCCCUAACAUACGUACACAUCAAUUGUUUGGAAAGAUGGAUCAGUAUGUCGCGCUGUACAAUCUGUGAAUUGUGUCAGUUUCAGUACAGUACCGAGCAAACUUUAAGAUAUUCUUUGUAUCAAUCCCUACGCAUGUGGUAUUCCCGUUCUAUGAGCCGUAGAGCUUUGCAGGAAGAUUGUCAAAUGUUUUCAUUGUUGACUUUAGUGGCAUUUGGAAUUGUUGGUACUUUGUUUGUAGCAGUGCAGUACUACAUUUUGCAGGGUAAUAUUAGUGGCAUGGGUCGUCUAUGGACUAAGGGAUGGCUUAUCUUCUUUCUUUUUACCACGUUAAUAGUCUAUUUGAUAAAUGUUUAUAUGAUUGUUAAAUCACAACUUAUGCCGUGGUAUAGAUGGUGGCAAUCAGCCCGUGACAUACGCUUAAACUUAGUAAAUCAGAAUGUGGCAUUGAAGCAAACUAAAAAUGAUAAAAAUCAAAAUUUAUCUACUGCGACAACAGAAGAGUCAAUAAGUCAAACUAAUAAAAUAUUGUGCCAUCAGCAGAAUCGUGUGAUGGAGCCCACAGGUGAUGAUACCGAGCAAUGCAAUCGAUAUUUUCUCGAGGGAAAUGAUGUAACAUGUCAAAAUAUUACAACGUCUUUGGCACAAACUAAAAUAUACAACAAUCAGACGGAAGUUGAGCAAGGAAAAAACUAAAAAACCCACCACUGCCGCUGCUAAAACAACAACCACCCUAUGUGCUGAUGUGUCCUUGAUGUCUGCUGGUGUAUCCGAAUGCAUUGUAAUAGUUUAAAUCCAAUCUAAAAUUAAACCAAACAUCAAGGAAGAAGAAAUUUAAGUAAGAAAGCAGUAAAUCAUUUAAACAAUUUCGUGAUAUAAUUGCUUCAUUAGCGUUAUCGUUAUAUGUGGUUAUAGUUUGCGAAUAAAUUUAUUUAUUUUUUUGAUGUGAAAUUUGCUGAUAUUAUGUACUACAUACAUUUCCUGCAGAUAAAUCUGUGA